UUUGUAGAAUGUGAGAGAAGAGGUUUAUACCAUGACCAAGAAGAUUGAUGAACUUGAAAUAUCUCAAAGGAAACUCCUUGGAAAUGAGCUCGAACCUUGCUCUGUUGAUGAGCUCCAGAGCUUAGAAACUCAGCUCGAACGAAGCUUGAGUAAGAUAAGAACAAAAAAGAAUCAAUUAUAUUUGGAUGAAAUUAAAAAGUUGAAGGAAGAGGAGAAACUCCUUGUGGAGGAAAAUAAAAAGCUUCGGGAAAAGUGUGGGUUGCAACUGCUAACGGGCGAGGCGAAAAACCCAGAAGAAAUGAGAAAACAAAGUUUGGAUCAGCAGGUAGAGACAGAAUUGUCCAUAGGACUACCCAAGAGGCUGAACACCAAAAAUCCAUAAAAACUUUAGAAUAAAUUAAUUUUAAAUAAUUAUUUUGGGUUUUUGUAAUAAAUUAAUUAUACUCAGCACCUUCAAGAGCCAAAUAAUUUUAUUUUAAUUGUUAUGAACAUCUUAUUGUAUAAAAAAUUUAAAUGAAAAAGUAUAGUCAGACUUGUGCUUUA